AUGAAGUUUUGUAAUAAAGAUGCCGAGAAAGUCGUAAAUAACGAAGAUUGUGAUUUAAAAGGCUGGGGCUACAGACACCAGCAAUGCCUCAUCCUGUUCUUCUGCCUGACGACGGGCUACAGCAUGCGCGCCUGCAUGGGCUAUCCGAGAUUCAAAUGGAACAAGAAGACACAGGAUACGAUCUUGGCGUCGUUCUUCUGGGGCUAUAUGAUGCUGCAGGUGCCGGCCGGGCAGCUCGCACACCGAUGGGGCGCGCGGCGCCUUCUCGCUGGCGCGCUCUUCGCCAACGCCCUCGUAUCCUUCUGCCUGCCCUGGGCCGCUUAUUAUGGAGGAUGGAUAUGGGUGUUAAUCUUCAGAAUGACCCAAGGAUUGAGUCAAGCCUGUAUUGUACCAGGCAUGCACACUUUCCUCGGCAAAUGGACACCACUGAGAGAAAGAAGUCGCCUUAGUGCUUGGGCAUACGGAGGUCAAGCCUUAGGUCCCGUGGUGGGUCUCCCAGUGACUGGUUUCAUCGCGUCCUCUCCGCUGGGAUGGCCCGGCGUGUUCCGCUUCUACGGCGUGCUGGCGGCGCUCGUGGGCGCCCUCAUCUGGUACAUGACAGCCGACACGCCGGCCAAACAUCCCAAAAUAACACUUGCCGAAAAAAUGUAUAUCGAAAAUGAUAUAGGCCCUACUGAUGACUCUAGAAAACCAAAGACAGUCCCGUGGAGAAGUAUCUUGACCCACCGCGGCAUGUUGGCCAUCAUCAUCGCUCACAUCGGCCAGACCUGGGGCCAGUUGACUCUGUAUUCAGAGGUGCCCGCAUUCAUGGAUAAAGUCAUGGGAGUCAACAUUAAAGCGAACGGUUUGCUGUCAGCUCUUCCGUUCCUUGUCAUGUGGUUCACCAACUUCUUCUUCAGCUGGGCCGCUGACAAACUGAUCAUCAAGAAGAUCCUCAGUGUGACACACACCAGGAAACUUGCUAAUUCUGUAGGCAGCAUUCUAGCGGCAGUUGGUUUAGUGGUGCUAGCAUUUGUGCCCAAAGAAUUGGUGAUUGUAGAAAGUGUUCUGGUGAUACUUUGCGGGUUCAAAGUCGCGACCCACGUCGGAGUUUACGUGAAUCAUAUCGACAUAUCUCCCAACUUCUCGGGGACCAUGAUGAGUCUCAGCAACUUCAUGUCCAACUUGUGCGGUUCUCUGGCACCUAUAGUGGCCGGUAUGAUCCUUACUGAUGUUACCAGCGAGUUCCUCUGGCGUCAUGUAUUCUUCGUGGCGGCCGGUAUGUACUUCUUUACGAACCUCGUAUACAUCAUUUUGGGCACUGGGGAGCGCGCAGACUGGAAUGACCCGAUACAAGACAAAGCUGCUGAAAUUAUUAAAGAAUGUAGUCCUAUGCUAAAGACAGAGCAAAAGUUAUGAAUUUAAAAUUGUAUGGUUUGUUUAUUUUCACGGCGAUGUACAGAUGACGUGAAAGUGUUAAAGAAUAAAUUAAAAACUGUUAAAUUUU